AAAAACCCAAAACCUUCGAUAGUAGUACUUAUUUUUUUUUUAAAGAAAAGAAGAUGGGUUCUAAACUCAUCUCUCUCCUUCUUCUCUUUCUUCCACUUCUAACAGUCACAAUCUUGUCGGGAGCCGAGCAGGCCUUAGCUUCGGACAAGACAGUACUCCUCGUUAACGGCCACAACAGCACGGCGGGUUCCGGCGACGGUGGGAUGUCGUCACUGAGAGGGAAGAAGCAGAGAGGAGCAUCAGGAUGUAACUUGUUCCAAGGCCGAUGGGUGUUCGAUGCUUCUUACCCUUUCUACGAUUCGUCAACGUGUCCUUUCAUCGACGGCGAGUUUGACUGUCUCAAGUUCGGCCGACCAGACAAACAGUUCCUUAAGUACUCUUGGCAACCUGAGUCUUGCACCAUACCAAGGUUCGACGGAGCGGCGUUUCUAAGGAAAUACAGAGGGAAGCGAGUGAUGUUCGUGGGAGACUCACUGAGUCUGAACAUGUGGGAAUCGUUGGGCUGUAUGAUCCAUGCGUCGGUACCAAACGCCAAGACCACUUUUACCAAGCGUACCCCACUCUCUACUCUCACUUUCCAGGAUUAUGGAGUGACGUUAUACCUAUAUAGAACACCGUACAUAGUCGAUAUAGCAAAAGAGAGAGUAGGGCGUGUGCUUAACCUUGGUGCCAUUGACGGAGGUGCGAGUGCUUGGAAAAACAUGGACGUUCUUGUUUUCAACUCUUGGCAUUGGUGGACUCAUAAAGGCCAAUCUCAAGGGUGGGACUAUAUUCGAGAUGGGUCGUCUUUGGUGCGAGACAUGAACCGUCUUGAUGCUUUUUAUAAAGGACUUAGCACUUGGGCUCGCUGGGUUGAUCAAAACGUCGAUACAACUAAAACUCGAGUUUUCUUCCAAGGCAUUUCUCCCACUCAUUAUGAGGGAAGGGAAUGGAACGAGCCAAGGAAGAGUUGUAGUGGGCAAAUGCAACCGUUGGGUGGAUCAAGUUACCCAAGUGGCCAACCUCCAUCUGCAGGAGUUGUGUCCAAAGUGUUGGGUUCGAUGAGAAAGCCUGUGUUCUUGCUUGAUAUCACCACUUUGUCUCAACUAAGAAAAGAUGCUCAUCCAUCUUCUUACGGUGGCGAUGGAGGAACAGAUUGCAGCCAUUGGUGUCUCCCUGGGUUGCCUGAUACUUGGAACCAACUUCUCUACGCAGCGCUUACGAUGUGAAGUGUUAAAAAGAAAUUUAAUCUACUAUAAAGAAAGUGCAAAAGGCAAACACCUUAAUUCUGUAAAUUACAUUCUUAGAGGUGCAAAAGAAUCUGACAGUUUUAAGUGAAGUGAAAACUAGUCCUACUACAAGCAUAAAGAAGAUGGAGGAUUGUAAAGUGCCUGUUUUUACUAUUAUUUUCGUGUGAGAGAAACAAACUAAUAAAAUCUUAAAUCA